AUGAACGUUGAAAUCAAAGUGGUUUUGUUCGCUAAAGCAAGAGAAAUAGCCGGUAAACACAUUGAUAAUUUAACAAUAUCUUCAUCAAUUAAUUAUCAAGAAUUGCUUAAUAUUAUAGUGAAGACGUAUGGUUUACAAGAUAUUAAGAACAACUUGAUACUGGCUCUAAAUGAAGAUUAUUGUGAAGUAAACUCCAAUUUAAUAUUAAUCACUGGUGACGAAAUAGCUGUGAUACCUCCUUUAAGUGCUUUUAGCAAUGAAAAGUUAUCAGUAGAAAAAAUUAGUGAUCUAGUGGCAGCAAACUCUUGUGGUGCAAUUUCUAUAUUUGUUGGUACAACGAGGGACAAUUUUGAAGGUAAAAAGGUGCUAACUCUUGAAUAUGAAGCCUAUGAAUCUAUGGGAUUAAAAUCGAUGAACAAAAUAUGUGAGGAAAUAAGGGAUCGAUGGUCUUCAGUGGAAAAUAUUGCAAUACACCAUAGGUUGGGUUUGGUUCCAGUAAAAGAUGCAAGUAUAAUAAUAGCAAUAUCAUCCCCACAUAGACAAGAUGCCAUUAAAGCAACUGAAUGGUGCAUAAAUAGUGUAAAGGAAUCCGUACCAAUAUGGAAAAAAGAAGUGUAUGCUGACUCAAAACCUGAGUGGAAGGAAAACAAAGAAUCUGACGAAACGCAAAAUAAAAAACCCAAGUUAGAAAUUAAGCAAAAAGUGCAUAUACCCACAGUCCCAAAUCACCUAAUACAAAUAAAAGCCUCAAAUGAUGAUAUUAAUAGUAGAAUUAGCACUUUUAUGAAUAGAAAACGCCAAGAAAUCAAUGAUAAUAACAUCAAAGAGUUUUGUGUGGGAGAUAGAAAUGAUGAAAAUUCAUGUGCUAGAAUUGAUGCAGUUGUACACAAAAGGAAAGACUCGAAAACACAUUUAGAAGUUCAAAGAGUACUGAAUGCAUAUAGUCACAGAGACCAAACAAAUUCGGAUUAUUUAAAGCAUUACAUUCCAAAAAAUGGCAUAGAAGAAAGGCUACAGAAUUUAGAAUGUCAACUUAGUUUAGAAACUCCAACACCCAAAAAUAUAUACAAAAGAAUUAAAAUGCUUGAAGAUAGAUUAAUGCAUUUAGAGUCUAUUUCACCUGAGUAUAUUAUGUUUUGGGAUAAAAAUACAAUUACAAGAAAAAAAGGCAAGAAAAAGGUGUUCAGCAUUGAAGAAAUUGAUGAUCUUAUUAACAGUGCCCAAAUGAAAUCCUUACCAAAGAUUGUUCAAAGUACAAAAUCCAUCGUUAAAAACCAAAAAAUGGGUAAUAGAUCAUCCCUACUGUUAAGGCAAGAAGAAAUUGCUCAAAUUCAGCAGGAAACGGGAUUUACUGCCAGUCAAAUUGAACGUCUUUAUUCGAGAUUUACUGCUUUGGACAGAGGAGAUUGUGGAACUUUGAGCAGGGAUGAUUUUUUGAGGAUCCCCGAACUUGCAAUUAACCCCUUGGGAGAAAGAAUAGUAAAUUCGUUUUUUCAAGGUGACGAAUUCACUGAUAGGGUAAACUUUAGGCAGUUUAUGCAAGUCUUGUCUCAUUUUCGACCUAUCAAGAAGCAUAAGGACAAUAGGUUAAAUUCAAGGGAGGAAAAACUUAAAUUUGCAUUUAAAAUGUACGACUUAGACAAUGAUGACUUAAUCUCCAAAGAUGAAUUAUUGGCCAUCUUGCACAUGAUGGUUGGUACAAAUAUAAGUGAGGAACAGCUAAUAAGUAUUGCAGAAAGAACCAUUUUGGAGGCAGAUGAGGAUGGUGAUCAGAUGAUCUCGUUUGAGGAGUUUUGCAAGGCUCUAUCUCGAACUGAUGUAGAGCAAAAAAUGAGUAUUCGCUUUCUAAAUUAA